CCUAGAUCGCCGCUCCGAAUCAAACCCGAGCGAACAUCGUGCCCGCCGCCGCUCCCGCGUUCCAAUUACGAAAACUUUUUGAAAAAUGCGCCGUUCUAGAAUUUGGAACGUUUUUUGAAUUUAGUUGGUUUUGUCGUUGUUUUUGUUUGUGAAGAUGAGUUGGUUGAAGAACUUUGUGAUGAAGUGGCCUCAGUUGCUUGUACUCGGAGUUUCAGUGUUGUUUCGAUGUACGGAUUCUGUCGAUCUGCCUCGGUUCGUGGGACCAGGCUCCAACGUCACGGUGGCAGUCGGCAGGGAUGCCGCGCUUACCUGUAGAGUUGAUAAUUUACAGUCAUUUAAAGUGGCGUGGCUCCGAGUGGACACGCAAACUAUCCUCACAAUAGCCGCCCACGUGAUCACCAAGAAUCACCGCGUCAGCGUCAGCCACGGAGACGGCGCGUGGACGCUCACGCUCAAGGAGAUCGGCCCGGCUGAUGGCGGCCGAUACAUGUGUCAAGUCAACACCGAGCCGAUGAUGAGCCAGACACAUCUGCUACAAGUCGUUGUUCCUCCGGACAUCGAUGACGACGCCAGCAGUGGGGAGGUGCUGGUUAAAGAAGGCGAGAACGCGGCGCUCCGGUGCGUCGCCUCUGGCACGCCGCCACCCAACAUAGCCUGGAGGAGAGAAGACUCCAGGCAUUUCAAGAUUGAUAACCAAACACUGGUGUCAAAAUGGAGCGGGCCCUGGUUAAACCUGACGGCCGUCGAGCGAGUGCUGUCAGGCGCGUACCUCUGUAUCGCCACGAAUGGCGUGCCGCCGUCAGUGAGCAAGAGGAUCCAGAUUAAUGUGAUAUUUGCCCCAUCAGUAUGGGCAGGAAGGGUCGCCAUAAGGGCCCCAUCAGGCAGCGCCGUCACCCUGCAGUGUACCGCUGAAGCGUUUCCCGUGCCGCAAGUGCACUGGACGCUCAAUGGGGAACAGCGGCUUGUUAACGGCACUAAACAUAGACUAAGCAUGACGUCCCGCGGCUACCGGCACACGGUGAGCCUCAUGGUGACGGAGAUGUCGCGGGAAGACGCAGGCGCAUACCGCUGUCAUGUGGAGAACACACAGGGGAGGGCGCAGGCUGAACUGUUUCUACAUUUACUAACAACAACAACUACGACGACCACGACCACGACCACAACUACGACGACGACUACGACAACAACUACAUUGCCGCCGCCAACUACUACGCUGUUACCUUAUGAUACAGAGAGACAUUUGGAGCAGCUGCACCGCGGGGUGCUAGAAGACCCUGGUCUGGACAAUCCUUACAUUGUGCUCAGCCAACACCAAAUGCAGAAUCUUGAAAUGGUGACGACAAUGUGACCUCCGGCCGGUGCGCGUGGGCCGUGGGCGGAGGGCUGGCCGCCGCUGCACGACGCCGCGCGCGCCGCCGCGCCGGGAGCGCUGGUACUGCUCGCAGUCCUACUGUUGGCGUGACACUGCACAAACGUAUAAGUAAACAUGAGGUUGUUAUCACACGUGCUGUGUGUAUACUGAUGUAAGGCAACGGAAAAGCCAGGGUGUCGCAAUAGUAAAAACUAAUUGCACUAAUUUUGCGUUUGUACACUGAUAUGAAAAGAAAGCGUUCAGAGCAGAACUUUUUCUAGUUUAUCAGCAUGUUAUAGACUAGUGAAUCAACUUCUACCCCCUAAUAUUUUCAACCCUUAUAUGCUCGGUUUUUCUAAAGCAAUUAGGUGCACGACACUUUCGGGGCUUCAGACAAAUGACAUGGGUCUCGCUGAAUUUUGUUACUAUAGAUUCGUUCAUACGCAUAUACAGCAAUUUGGCAAAAACGAAUAAAAUCAGCUAGUUUCAAACAGGAAUCGUCAGUGUGAAACCAGGUAUGAACAAGAACCAGGGUCGUAUAAUUUUGAUGUUACCUUAUAUCAGUAUAUACGCAGCAUUUCAGCAUAAAUUAAUUUGAGACGAUAAAAACAUUUGACUUGUAAAUUAUAAACUGUAAUGUAACAACGACUGCUGAACACAAUUUUGUAUCAUUUAAUGUAUAUAUUUUAAGGUCGUAUAGAAGCUGUAAAUAAUUUUGCACGAAGAUAGUCAUAUCAAUUUAUAGGACACUAUUAUGAAUAAAUCAUUGUUAGUGCGUCUGAUGUUAUCAUAUUGUGAUGUUCGACUCGUUUCUAACAAAAACCAUUUCAUCAACAUUUAGUUUGUUUCAAUGAUUUCAAUUUGAAUACGUACAAUUAAUUUUGCAAAUGGAAACUUUGAUGUGCUGAGCUGAAAUCAAUAUUAUGUUAAACUAGUGUAAAGGUGAAUAUUGUAACGAGGUCGAACAAUAAAAUAGUAUUGACGUUUU